CGGCAAGACACGUGGGCAGUAGUGGACACACCACCAGGCCAGGACACAGUUACAGGUAUUCAAGUAAAUGGACCUGCAACCAUGGAGAAACCAACUCUGCAGCACAUUGUCGAUGAGGAGGCCCUCCUGCAGCUGAUGAAGAACUGCCCAAUGUGCAACAGAAAGUGUCACUGUAGAAAACACACUCAAGGUCCUUACUUCAUAGUCUACCAGAGCUGUUACUUCUGCCAUUAUCAACGCAAGUGGGCCAACCAGCCUGAAGCUAGAAAUAUGAACAUUUGUAAGGCACACACACAGCCCAAGAGGAAACUUCAGCCAAAGGACAAAGUGUGUGGAAACACCAAGGCUCAGUGAUCACAGCUUAAGAAGACAAGCAUUUCUAAAUCCUCAGUCUGAGUCUCAUGACCCAGUAGAGACCUGAGGGGUCAACUCUCUUAGAUACGACUGCAUUCGUCACCAAAUCAGAUUCAUGUCAGUCAGUGUCAGAUGUGCCUUAAGGUAGAUAUUAUUUUGCAGAUGCUUGAUGAUGACAAACAAUUCUGUAAAGUUUCCGCUUUAGUUUCAGCCCACAGAAGAUACAUUUAGAGUGAGGCAAAAAAGAGGAGACAAGUAUAGUUUUUCUCUGAUAAACAAUGUGGUACGGUGCCAUUAGGUUGUGGAAAUGAGCAUUUUGAACACAGAUUACAAUAUUUAAACAAAGGGAACCAUUGGGGAUGUCCCCAUCAAGUGCUCACAGGUCAUUUAAUAUAGAGUCCCGAUCCAAUACUUCUUUUUUUCUUAGAUAAUACUGUUGCACACUGCACAUUUCAAGUAUGCUGUAUUAAAGUUAUUAAAAUCAACCUACUGUAUUCCUGUGAUACAGUGUACUGCCUGCAGUAAAACACCAUGCUGACCACCAUAGAUGACAGCAAGAUACAAGACACUAAGCUUAAAUGAAAUGUGUGCAUAUAAAUUAGGUAAAUAAUAUAAAUUUAAAUUCAAGUCUCUUUCAUCCAUGCUACACAGAGCACAGUGGAGGAGAGACAGACAACAAAGAGUUGGUAAAUUAGUGAUAGCUGCACUUGUUGCAUUGCGUGUGACAGCUUGAGUAAAUCAAAGGAUUGGAUCAGACUCAUAUAGCUUAAUAUAGCAAAUACCGAUCAGUUGAUUGGGGCAUCCCGAUUAGGCACAAUCCUGCAGCUCUACAUACAGGCUUACAUGUCAGUGUGUCUAAGCAUGAGUGAAAGAUCCAUGUGGUGAAUAUACAAGUUUUAACCUACUUGAUGGAGCUUUCCUGGGGGGCUCCUGCCCUCUACGACCAGGUGUAUUUUGUGUGUUGCGUUGUGACCUAUGCUGGACCUUCGUUCUAGCAGGGGAUGGUCUGGGCGAUUGGGCAACAUCCCCCAGUAUGGCCUCUCUGUACUGUCGCUCCUACAGACAAAGACACACACAGCAAACUGUUAGUAAACUGGGACAAAUUGUUUAACAGUCACAAGCACUCAGUAUUUCACUUUAAUAUGUUCUAUUUUGCCAUUUUCCCUCCAAGCUGAAUGCUUACUGUUGAUGUUAAUAUGCUCAUAUUGUUGCAAAUCAGUCAGUCAUUUUAUACAAAUGUAUGUCAACUUUUGGGUUAUGUUGGUUUUAACAGAUUAGAGAAAAGUUCUGUUUGACUUUUUUGUAGAACAUACCCACAAAUGAGGGGCAAUUUAUAUUUUUAUUUGAAUUCAUAUUUGUGAUAUGUCCUAAAGUAUUUACAGUGUUCUGUUAAUACAUUAAAACUGAACAAAUGUGCAUUUACAUUUAGUGCUGUUGUACAGGUGGAUAUGAUUACAGUUCUCACUUCUAUUAUUUCACGGUUGUGACUAAUUAUUUAUCUCAUUGUGAAGUAAACUGAUCAUGACUUACGGCUUCCUGAGCUUUGAGGCGUGCCUUGUCUAGAUCUA